AUGGGUGGUGCUGUUGAUCCGAAGAAUGGCCAUUUCAUUGGCAACUGGGGCGAGUUCGGCAAAACUGACGCUUUCGGCUCCUACAGGCUGCCCGACCCCCAGCGCAUUGCAACCUACGCGCUCUCGUCCAACCGCCAGCGCCCCUUCGCCGGUGCCUUCAACGCUGCCAUCUUCAACACCUUCCGCCGGUUCCGUCACCAGGUCCUCUACGUUGUUCCUCCCUUCGUUAUUGCCUAUGCCGCCAUGAACUGGGCCGUCGAGCGCAACCAUUACCUCAACUCCAAGCCCGGCCGUAUGCUCGAGGGUGGCCACGAGGAGUAA